CAGGAAGGCCCCUGGGGUCGUGAGGGGGUGCCCCCCAGCCUCCAGUUCCUGGAAGGAGGGAUCCACUGGGUCCCCCUUUCCCCUUGGAAAAGAGCUGCCCCUCACUGGCGACGGAGGAGGGACGGAGCUGGAGGGAGCUGGGAGGGAGCGUGUCUCUGGCUGGUGGGUGUGUUGGGGCUCUGUAGUGCUGGGCUCUGUAGUCUUCGGCUGCUGCUCCCCCCAAGCUCCCUUCUGCCGAGAGGAAGAGGCAGCCAGGCAAGGCCAAAAGAAGCGGGGAAGCGGAGCAUGCCGGCGGGGCUGGGCGGCGGAGGGAAGCCGGUCCCCCUCGCGCUCCUCUGCAGAGUUGGCGGUGGCUGCCAUUAGGGCUGCACCAAACGCCCGCCAGAUGAUUCAGGGCCAGUGUGAUCACAUACUUCAGCACCAAGGAUAGCUACAGUAAUCAUUUACUAUCUCAGGUGAUUGCUGUAGCCCAGGAUAGCCUAUCAUGGACAGUAAUAUUGUUGAACAUCAAUUCAGUGUCAUUAAAAAUCCACCUGGAUGGGAAAUAGGUGUCUAUAUUACUGGUGCACUUGCUCUGCUGGGAAUAGCUGGAGUAAACCUAUGGAAGCUUUGGAGAUCUGGCAGCUAUCCUGCACCAUCUCCAUUUCCAAACUAUGACUACAGAUAUCUAGAACAAAAGUAUGGAACCACCUAUUCCCAGAUCAAGCAAAAGAGAGCUGCAAACAACUUCCGAAAGGCUGGAGACAAGACAUCUCCUGUUCGCAAGCCAAGCCUGAAAAUGGAUGACACUUUUGAAAACAUCAAUGAGCUAGGCACUCUGGAGCUGAUGAACAAAGACCUUGAGUUGGCCCCCUAUGGCCCCCUGAAAAAGUCUAUUUCCACUGACUCUCUCAGUUCCAUCUCCUCCAUUGGGAAUAACUUUGGCCAAGAAUUCACGGUUGGACAAGUGGAAGUCAACAUGGAAUACAAUGUGAAUUCUAACACCUUGCAUGUGACACUGCUACAGGGAAAAGAUCUCAUGGAGAAGGAAGAUGUCAACUUUGAGUCCUGCUUUGUGCGCAUAAGUUUGCUCCCUGAUGAACAAAUUGUUGGCAUUUCUAGGAUCCAGAGGAGUGCCUACUCUGUCUUCUUCGAUGAGAGAUUUUCAAUCCCCUUGGAUCCUUCUGCCUUGGAGGAAAACAGUUUAAGGUUUUCUGUCUUUGGCAUUGAUGAGGAUGAGAGAAACAUCAGUACUGGGGUAGCUGAGCUGAAGCUGUCAGAUCUGGAUCUCUCUAUCCGUCCUUUCAAUGCGUGGCUGUAUCUACAAGACAUGAACAAGGCUACUGAUUCAGUGGGGGAAAUCCUGCUUUCUCUUAGCUAUUUGCCAACAGCAGAGAGAUUGACUGUAGUUGUGGUUAAAGCCAAGAAUCUUGUAUGGACCAAUGGCAAAAUGACCGCAGAUCCUUUUGUCAAAGUGUAUUUGCUGCAGGAUGGGAGGAAGAUCAGCAAGAAAAAGACUGCAGUGAAAAGAGAUGACACAAACCCGGUGUUUAAUGAGGCCAUGAUUUUCUCAGUACCAGCAAUUGUCCUACAGGAACUGUCUCUUCGGGUGACGGUUGCAGAAUGUUGUGAAGAUGGGAGAGCUGAAAACAUUGGCCAUGUCGUCAUAGGCCCAGCUGCGGGAGGCAUGGGCAUCACACAUUGGAACCAGAUGUUGGCCACCUUGAGGAAGCCCGUGUCCAUGUGGCACCCACUUCGACAAAGCUAAGGGCACAGUUAUUUAAUAAUUCAUCACAGUGCCUAAAUUCUUCCUGUAGGUGGAUAAUAUUGGCUGAUGAAAUAUAGGACACCUAAGAGCAAUAACUGUUUGCCCUAAUAUUCUUCACAAAAUGAGUAGCAGCAACAGAAAAGACACAAACAAACAAAAGUCAGUUGCCAAAUGAGACCAUAAAAGCCUUGGGAAAGCUUCAGAACUAAAAACAUGUGAGUGGAAGCCAUAUUAAUACAAAUGUGCCCUGUAGGAGCUUGGAGACAAAUGGCCUCUCUUGACACCAUUAUUCUGAUAUCACCAGCUUGGAGAACCAGUCCUUUCCGAACAUGAAAGUGUGUUUGGCACUCCUGUGUAUGUUUUUUUGCAUUCUAGCCAACAGAGUUGGAGGGGAAAACUUGUGGUCUAUCAUCUGCUUGAUUACACCCACCCCUAAACACAUCUACUUUGAAGUCUAAUCCACUGAAUUGGUCUUACUUUGAAUUAGGCGUACUUGGAAUCAUAAUUCUGUAUCUUAGGCCUUGUCAUGUUUGUCAUGGAAGCA